GUGGGAUGGGUUGGGAUGGAUGGAUGGGAGAUCUGUGGGAUGGGUUGGGAUGGAUGGAUGGAGAUCUGUGGGAUGGGUUGGGAUGGAUGGACAGGGAGAUCUGUGGGAUGGGUUGGGAUGGAUGGGGAGAUCUGUGGGAUGGGUUGGGAUGGAUGGAUGGAGAUCUGUGGGAUGGUUUGGGAUGGAUGGAUGGAGAUCUGUGGGAUGGUUUGGGAUGGAUGGAUGGGGAGAUCUGUGGGAUGGGUUGGGAUGGAUGGGGAGAUCUGUGGGAUGGGUUGGGAUGGAUGGAUGGGGAGAUCUGUGGGAUGGGUUGGGAUGGAUGGAUGGAGAUCUGUGGGAUGGGUUGGGAUGGAUGGAUGGAGAUCUGUGGGAUGGGUUGGGAUGGAUGGAUGGAGAUCUGUGGGAUGGGUUGGGAUGGAUGGGGAGAUCUGUGGGAUGGGUUGGGAUGGAUGGGGAGAUCUGUGGGAUGGGUUGGGAUGGAUGGAUGGAGAUCUGUGGGAUGGUUUGGGAUGGAUGGAUGGGGAGAUCUUUGGGAUGGUUUGGGAUGGAUGGAUGGGGAGAUCUGUGGGAUGGGUUGGGAUGGAUGGAUGGGGAGAUCUGUGGGAUGGGUUGGGAUGGAUGGAUGGGGAGAUCUGUGGGAUGGGUUGGGAUGGAUGGGGAGAUCUGUGGGAUGGGUUGGGAUGGAUGGAUGGGGAGAUCUGUGGGAUGGUUUGGGAUGGAUGGAUGGAGAUCUGUGGGAUGGGUUGGGAUGGAUGGAUGGGGAGAUCUGUGGGAUGGUUUGGGAUGGAUGGGGAGAUCUGUGGGAUGGGUUGGGAUGGAUGGGGAGAUCUGUGGGAUGGACAGGGAGAUCUUUGGGAUUUGGAUCCCAUCCCGUCCCUGGUGCAGGAACGAGCGCUGCAACGAGAACUACACCACGGAUUUCAUCUACAACCUCUACUCCGAGGAGGGCAAAGGGAUCUUCGACUGCCGGAAAAACGUCCUGGGCCACAUGCAGCAGGGAGGCUGCCCCACCCCCUUUGACCGCAACUUUGGCACCAAGAUGGGCGCCAAGGCCGUGGCCUGGAUCACCGGAAAGAUCAAGGAAUGCUCCCGGCACGGCCGGAUCUUUGCCAACACGGCGGACUCGGCGUGCCUGCUGGGGAUGCGCAAGCGCAGCCUGGUGUUCCAGCCCAUCGCCGAGCUGCGCCAGCAGACCGACUUCGAGCACCGCAUCCCCAAGGAGCAGUGGUGGCUGAAGCUGAGGCCCAUCCUCAAAAUCCUGGCCAAGUACAACAUCGAGCUGGACACGUCCGAGACGGCGCACCUGGAGCACCUGACCCGCAAGGUGCUGGUCCCCGAGGCCACCCUGUGACCCCCGAGGAGCCCCCAAAAUCCCCUUUUCCCACAGCUUUUGGGGGAUCUGGUGGGAUUUGGAGGAGCGGUCCCCCGAGAGAUGGCGUGAUGAAUUGAGGAUGGGUGGUGGUGGUGGUGGUGGUGGUGGUGGUUGGGGUUUUUAGGGUUAAAAGUUAUAAAAUGGAGAGGUUUCAAUAAAUUCAGGGAUUGUCCAAGUGCUCCGGGUCUCUGUGAAUCCAUGGAAAGGCAAACCUGGAUCCCACUGACACCAAAAUCCCUCCUGAUCCUCAGGAUUUCCCUGCCCAGCAUAACAGAGAGGGAUAAAAAAGGUGAAAUUGGAGCCCCGAGUUCAUCCCAGAAAAUAACAAUGACAGUUUUUAGCAGCUUGGUUUCACCUUGGAGAGCUGCUCCUCCAUUGGAUCCUGGAAUAGAUCCCAAAAAAACCCCCCAAACCAACACCAAAAGGUGAAUUCCUGGUGGGAAACCCCAGGAAGAGCUUGAAGAGAUGGGAGGGGAGCCCUGAGCUCCACGUGGAGCUCUCUGCAGAAGAUUUGCUUUGCUCACAAGAAUUCCAGCCCUGCAAAAUUUUGGUUUUCGAGGUGGUUUCGCUCUUGAUGCAGCAUAAAAAUUAUGGAUAAACAGGGAGAACUUCACUCCCCGUGCUGGAGAAACCCCUGGAUCUUGGAUUUUGAGCCAACCCCUGGAUCUUGGAUUUUCAGCCAACACCUGAAUCUUGGAUUUUCAGCCAACCCCUGGAUCUUGGAUUUUUCAGCCAACCCCUGGAUCUUGGAUUUUUCAGCCAACCCCUGGGUCUUGGAUUUUUCAGCCAACCCCUGGAUCUUGGAUUUUCAGGAUUACUCUGCACCCACCCC